GAACCAGACCACGUAGCGGCAAACGGUCUUCACUCCCAUACGCGGAAAGGACAGUACUUUAAUCUACCCAAAGACACUCAACAACAGCGGCGCAUGCGCAAUGGCGGAUUCCAAGAGGAAGACAUUUAAAACCGCUGUUGCGGCAGAGAGAGUUAGAACACGUGACAUGACGUCACGUCACCCCACCCGCAAGAGGAAAUUCGAUAUAAAUGAGGGGGAACCAGUUAAAUCCCCUCCAGCGGGUGGAAAAUCGACUGCCGGUGGCCCAACAGCCACCGGAACCAAAUUGGCAGGCUCGAAUACCGUUUCUCCAAUACCAGGGCCCAGUAAUACGGUGACCCUGCAGCCUGCCAAUGCAGCACCAUACAGGUGUCAAAUAUGCGAGAGGCCCUAUGAGACAAAAAGUGGCCUCAACAAACAUCUCCUAACAUGUGGCAAGCGCGAUCGAACUAAAUGCCAAUAUUGCAAAGCAGGUUUUACUACAUACACAGGGGUGCGGCUUCACGAGCAGAGGGCACACCCCGAAGCAGAAAACGACAGCAGGAGGAGGGAACUACGAAGGCCUGAUUCCGAAAUCUAUGAUAUACUGGCAAACAUCGAGAUCCAGUCACAUAAAGGCCCCUUUAUGGCGAAAAUGGUUGCCGAAUCAGGUCUGACGAAGGACCAAAUACGGCAUCGAAGGGAUAAACCCAUCUAUAAGCAAUACCUCGAUGCCGCUAGGAAGAAACAGCAACCAAUCCCUUCUCCCAGUGUGCCCUGUGAGCCGCCCACCUGCCCAACGAACGAGAAGAUCGACCAUCAGGCAGCGACAUCGACGCCACCAACAGCUCGCGACGAUGUAAAAGAGGGUGAGUGCUCCUCCGCGGUUGCGUCCGCACUAUCGCCAAUCACUCCAGAUCCGAUGACAAGCAGGAAGAGGAUUCGGAAUGAAUCGAUGUCGCCUCUGUCGCAGCCUACAGUAAGGAGACCCCGCACCGAUGCAGUCAACCUCACCGCCAACUCCCCCGCACAGGUCGAACAAACCCAGGUGGUCAUUGAACCAGCGCUGCGCGAAUACCUCGCGUCUGAACGCGAAGCAGCGCUGGCCAAUGGGAACGGCCAUCUGGCGGACCUGUGCCAGGCAGGAUCAUCGCUUGCGGUUAAUGAUCUUGCCUCCUAUCUAGACAAUUGGAUAAUAGAAGAUUUCCAAAAAGGGGGAAGGAAAUACAACCCAAAUGGUCACAGAGGUGGACCAAAAUCAAAUUACGGAGGUACUAGACCAGGAAGAGGUCCACGGGUAGAAUCAUACAAAAAGGCCCAGGAUCUCUACCUCCGUAACAGAUCAGCUCUAGUGGAUAAAAUCAUUUCAGGAACUCCACUAGACUCUACUGAAGAGGUACCACCUCUAAAAGCGGUUGAGGAGCUGUAUAGCGGGAUCUUCGAGCGGGCUGCGACGGAGACGAUGACGGUUCAUCCCGAACCACGAAACACCGAUGCCACCACUUUCGCUCCAUUCGAAGAAAGCGAACUAGAGGCAGCCAAAACAGCAUGGGCUAACUCAGCACCUGGUGCUGACGGAAUAACGGUGGCAUCGGUUAAAAAUACGAACAACAGGGUGCUAUGUGUUUUAUAUUCAAUAAUCCUUAUGAGAAACGUGCACCCUGCCAUCUUCCUGCGGUCUAGGACCACAAUUAUAUAUAAGACGGCCAACGGAGCGAGGCGGCGAAUUGGAGGCCCCUUACUAUCGGGAGUGCCCUCCAGCGACUGA